AUGUCGAAUUCCGAUAACUCGAAGAUGACGCUGACGCCAUGGAAGAAACAUUCAAUUACUAUCUUGCUAAUUGGAGAGACCGGCGUGGGCAAGACUUCGUUCUUGGACCUCCUUGAAAAUGUCUGUGCUGGACGUGGAGCAGAUGAGUUCAAGGCGGAGCACGCAAGGGAGGCCGAUUCUGAUACUCGUGAUCGAAGCGAGAAGCCGCAGCUUCAUCGUAUUACUUGUGCAAAUGGCUCCGCGAUCAAUGUUAUCGACACUCCUGGCCUGUCAAACGCCCGAGAGUUCAAUGAAGAACACAGAAGAGCCUUGGCAUAUUUUAUCGAGGAACAAAUAGACGCCAUUGACUGUGUCUUAAUCCUAGCAAAUGGCACGAUGGAACGAUUGGGUGUCUCUGCCCUCUACGCGCUGUCGGUCAUUUCCACAAUGUUCCCUAGGUCCAUCGUGGAUAACAUCGCCUUCAUGUUUACCAUGGUUUCCAGUCCCUUGCACUCCAACCUCGCUCGCGAAAGCCUUCCUGUCCCUGUGCGCAAUGCAAAGAUCCUGGCUAUCAACAACCCUCUAGCCGGUUGGCUGAGGUUCAAAAAGGCCCUAAACUCUGAUGAUCCUCCCGAGGAAGAAAUUCGAGAGGAACUGCGAGAGGAAAUCAAGAGUAAUUACGACAAGGGCAUCAAAACUCUGAAUAGCUUCUUCGAAUGGGUGGAUGAGAGGCGGGUGCAGCCGGCCAAGGAGGUAAACGAGCUAUACGGACUGUCAAACAAGAUGGAGGCCCUGCUUUCCGACGUUACCGCUCGUCUCUCACAAGUUGAAACCCAGAAGACUGAGCUACUCAAACUCCAGCAACAGAUUGAUGCCCAGAAGCAGAUAAUGAAGAUCCACGAACAGUACAAGAGCGUUAUCAUCAAGCAUUUCUGGGUCCACGAGGGGACAGAAGUUCAUAACACCCUUUGCUGCGCUCCCGACUGCUAUCGAAAUUGUCACGAGGAUUGCCCCCUCGGAUUUACCUUGGAUCGAGACAACAUUGGUCGAAAUUGUGAAGUUUUUUCAAAGCAGCUCGGGCCAGACGGCGGCUAUAUUUGCAACGAAUGUGGCCACUCUUCAAAUUACCAUCAACAUUAUCGCGCCAGAUGGGUGCAGAAGGAGGUUCAGGAAGUGAACGAGGAUCAGCAUGCGAAACUGAGAUAUCAACAAGCCCAGACUGAAGAAGAACGCGCUCGUAUGCUAGAGGGGCACAUCGGUAUGAAGAUCAAAGAUCUCGAUGCGACGGUUGUUGCCGAUAUGGAAAAACUUGGUUCAGUUUGCGAGGAAUACAACAAACGAGCAUUAUCAGGGGGCUUCGUCCGAUAUCUCUCCUUCGCUAUAAACUUGCUUAUGACCUACGGGGAUGGUGGAAGUACGGAGGCGCGUGAGCGGAUCUCCGGGCACAUCAAGGCAUUGGAACGGAAGAGGGCUAUUCUGGAACAAGCGGCCAAGGAGAGGGAGGCCAGGGGAGCAGUCUGA